GGUCCGCCAUUACUGCCCUGCUUUUUCUCAUCUCUCUCUCUCCCUCUCUUUAACUUCACAUUUACCUCAUUGGUCGCACCAAACCCUACACUUCACCACUCACCCAAUUUCAUCUCUCCUCUUUUCUCCCAAUCGAAUUUUUCCGAUCACAAAUUCCUCCGCCAUGGCUUCCCGGAGGCUCCUAGCCUCGUUUCUCCGAUCCUCCGCCGCCCGGCGUCCCAGAUCCCCAUUCACCUCCGCCCCCAGGCCCGGCGCUCGGCCUUCCCCCGCCGGACACUUCCUCCACCGAUUUGCUUCCCAAUACGCUACCUCUGCGGCGGCGGCGGCGACUCCUCCGCCGUCGAAGGCGGCUCCCAGCGGCGGCCCUGGGGGGAAAAUUACUGAUGAAUUUACCGGCAAGGGUGCGAUCGGGAAGGUGUGCCAGGUGAUUGGUGCCGUCGUCGAUGUGAGAUUCGAUGAGGGUUUGCCUCCGAUUUUGACUGCCUUGGAGGUUCUGGACAAUCAGAUCAGGCUUGUUUUGGAGGUGGCUCAGCACUUGGGGGAGAGUGUGGUGAGGUGCAUCGCCAUGGAUGGGACUGAAGGUUUGGUUCGUGGUCAGCGCGUGCUCAACACUGGUUCGCCUAUUACGGUGCCUGUUGGUAGAGCCACUCUAGGUCGCAUCAUUAAUGUCAUAGGCGAACCCAUUGAUGAGAAAGGCGACAUCAAGACUGAGCACUUUUUACCCAUUCACCGCGAAGCUCCAGCCUUUGUUGAGCAAGCUACAGAGCAACAAAUUCUUGUUACCGGUAUCAAGGUUGUCGAUCUUCUUGCGCCAUACCAAAGAGGAGGAAAAAUUGGUCUGUUUGGUGGUGCUGGUGUCGGAAAGACUGUGCUUAUCAUGGAACUGAUUAACAACGUUGCAAAAGCUCAUGGUGGUUUCUCUGUCUUUGCUGGUGUCGGAGAGCGUACUCGGGAGGGCAAUGACUUGUACAGAGAAAUGAUCGAAAGUGGUGUCAUCAAGCUAGGCGAUAAGCAGGCCGAGAGCAAAUGCGCGCUUGUCUAUGGUCAAAUGAAUGAGCCCCCGGGUGCUCGUGCCCGUGUUGGACUUACUGGACUGACCGUUGCUGAACAUUUCCGUGAUGCAGAAGGGCAGGACGUGCUUCUGUUCAUUGACAACAUUUUCCGCUUUACUCAAGCAAACUCAGAAGUGUCGGCCUUGCUUGGGCGUAUCCCUUCUGCCGUCGGUUACCAGCCAACUUUGGCCACUGAUCUUGGAGGUCUUCAAGAGCGUAUUACCACGACGAGGAAAGGUUCCAUUACGUCUGUCCAAGCUAUUUAUGUGCCAGCCGACGACUUGACGGAUCCUGCCCCUGCCACAACCUUUGCUCACUUGGACGCCACAACCGUGUUAUCGAGACAGAUUUCCGAGCUUGGUAUCUAUCCUGCUGUUGAUCCUCUUGACUCGACAUCUCGUAUGCUUUCUCCUCACAUAUUGGGAGAGGAGCACUACAAUACGGCCCGUGGUGUGCAGAAGGUUCUUCAGAAUUACAAGAAUCUUCAAGAUAUUAUUGCCAUUCUCGGAAUGGAUGAGCUCAGUGAAGAUGACAAACUAACUGUCGCUCGUGCUCGAAAGAUUCAACGAUUUUUGAGCCAGCCGUUCCAUGUCGCAGAAGUUUUCACGGGUGCCCCGGGCAAGUAUGUUGAGCUGAAGGAGAGCAUUAACAGCUUCCAGGGUGUCCUCGAUGGAAAGUAUGAUGAUCUUCCAGAACAAUCUUUUUACAUGGUGGGAGGAAUCGAAGAGGUCAUCGCCAAGGCUGAGAAGAUAGCAAAGGAAUCUGCCGCUUAGAUACCAUUUAUGUGAGGACAGGUUUUCGAAAAGCUUUCUUCUUCUUCUUCGUCGUUUCACUUUACUGAUAAUUACGAAAAUAAUUUAGCUCAAGGCAAUGACUUAGCGAGCACCUCGAGUUCAUUUUUACCGGUCGAAAUCUCUUGCUGUUUUUGUGUAAUUUAACUGCGGGAAGUGAUGUAAUCAUAGACAUGGUGCCUCGAAUCCCCACCCCGCCGUGCCCCGCCAUUGCUACCCCCCCCUCCCCCCUUAACAUUGUGUGGCCCGAAUAAUGGGUGGUUCCGACGGCGGCGGACUUGUAUAAUUUUGCUGCUGCUGCUUGCUUGCAUACGUUUCUGACUAUUGGAAGCAUUUUCCUUGAUUAGAACACGGUUUUGCA